AUUUCAACCCCCAUUUUUCUUUCUCACACUCUCACUCACUCAUCAACAAAAUAAAAAUAAACAAAUACAGUUUAAAUUAUACAUAUACACACACACACACAAAUAGAUACAGAUGGCAGGCACAUCGCUUGCAGGAUUACAAGAUCAUUUGAAAUUAGCAAGAGAAUAUGCGAUUGAAGGCUUGUAUGAUACUUCCGUUAUCUUCUUUGACGGUGCCAUCGCUCAGAUCAACAAGCAUCUGAGCUCCCUUGACGAUCCUCUUGCUCGUUCAAAGUGGAUGAAUGUAAAAAAAGCUCUGACAGAGGAAACAGAAGUUGUAAAGCAAUUGGAUUCUGAGAAGAGGUCUUUUAAGGAUAGUUCUGUGGGUAGAAGGCCGUCUUCGCCUCCUAUAUCCACAAAUAAAUCAUCAUUUGUUUUUGAACCGUUGGAUGAGUACCCAACCUCAUCCCGUGCUCAAAUGGAUGAUCCUGAUGUGUGGAGGCCACCUAGUCGAGAUACUUCAAAUAGAAGAUCUGCAAGAGGAGCAGGAGUAGGUACGAGGAAAUCAGCACAAGAUGGAGCAUGGGCUCGGGGUUCUACUACCAGUACUAGAGGUGGAGCUACUGCCCGUGGAGGAAAAGCUGGUGCUUCUAGCAAGGUUAAUACGGGAGUUCGAGCAUCAACUAAUGGGAAAAAAGGCACUGGUUCAGGGAAGCCAAGCUCUGCUAAAGAUGAAUCUGGGAGUGGAGAUGCCGAAGAGCAUACAUCAAAACGUGGGCAGUAUGAGGGUCCUGAUCAUGACUUGGCUGCAAUGCUUGAAAGGGAUGUUUUAGAGAAUACUCCUGGAGUGAGAUUUGAUGACGUUGCAGGCCUUACUGAAGCAAAAAGACUUCUAGAGGAAGCAGUGGUUUUACCUUUAUUGAUGCCUGAAUAUUUCCAGGGAAUCAGGAGACCAUGGAAAGGUGUUCUUAUGUUUGGUCCACCUGGUACUGGUAAAACACUACUGGCUAAAGCAGUUGCUACCGAGUGUGGCACCACAUUUUUUAAUGUCUCUUCUGCUACACUGGCAUCAAAAUGGCGGGGAGAAAGUGAGCGCAUGGUUCGAUGCUUGUUUGACCUGGCCAGAGCUUAUGCUCCAAGUACAAUUUUCAUUGAUGAGAUUGAUUCUCUUUGUACUUCUCGAGGGGCUUCAGGAGAACACGAGUCUUCCCGAAGGGUUAAAUCUGAACUUCUAGUUCAGGUAGAUGGUGCAAACAGCUCAGACACUAAUGAAGACGGUAGUCGUAAAAUUGUAAUGGUUUUGGCGGCUACUAAUUUUCCAUGGGAUAUAGAUGAAGCACUAAGGCGGCGUUUGGAAAAGCGUAUAUAUAUUCCAUUGCCAAAUUUUGAGAGCAGAAAGGAGCUUAUAAAGAUUAAUUUAAAGACUGUUGAGGUAGCUGCUGAUGUGGACAUCAGUGAUGUAGCUCGCCGAACAGAGGGAUACAGUGGUGAUGAUUUAACGAAUGUAUGCCGAGACGCUUCUUUGAAUGGAAUGCGACGUAAAAUAGCAGGAAAGACCCGUGAAGAAAUUAAAAACAUGCCUAAAGAUGAAAUUGCAAAAGAUCCAAUUGCCAUGUGUGACUUUGAAGAAGCCAUCAAAAGAGUCCAACCUAGUGUUGCUGCCGCUGAUAUUGAACGCCACGAAAAAUGGUUUUCAGAAUUCGGAUCUGCAUAAAUACCCGGAUCAAGUUAUGAUUAACUAUAUGGGUGGCCACGUGUUGUUUAUGCUGUGUUACAUGUUCAUUAUUGACCAGCACUUGCCGACUUGGUGUUACAUAGUGUACAACUAAUUGAUUUCAUAUGUAUCAAUUCUGAACAUUAAUAUUGUUUUGGAUGGAAAAAAACAGGGCAAGGGAAUUCGGUCAUGUAUUUUGUUUUUGUUUAUUUGUGUGUUCGGAAUCAUGGACUGCUUAAUGCAA